AUGGCAGACGCCACAGAGCAAACGCGACCGAAUGCUGACCCUGCUGGUUCUGUCGAGGGCGCGGUUGCGACCGAAGCUGCUGCGGUCGAAGCUAACGCUACCACCACCGUCGCGCCCACGGCUGAUGCAUCAUCGACUGAACAGGUAGAAGCUGACGAAGAGGAUGAAAAAUCCAAAAAGGUCACUUUGGCCGAUUUGUCCGCCAAGGGCAGUGCGCUCUACGCGCACAAGAACUACGAGGAGGCCGCCGAGGUCUUCUCGCGCGCUAGCAAUCUGCAGGCUGAGCUGAAUGGCGAACUCGCCCCCGAGAAUGCCGACAUUCUCUUCCAUUACGGACGCAGCCUGUUCCGAGUUGGCCAAAGCAAGAGCGACGUUCUGGGUGGGCAGGCCGCUGGAGAGUCCAAGAAGUCCAAAGCAAAUGGCAGUGCUGCGCCCAAGGCAAGUUCAUCGAAACUGCCCACUCUGGGUGAGGCUACGACAGAGACGUCCGUCGAGGCCUCCAAGAGCAAGGACAGCGAAGCCGAAAAACCCCUGUUCCAAUUCACCGGAGACGAGAAUCUCGUUGGCUCUGACGACUCUGACGAGGAGGGCGGCGAGGGAUUUGAAGAGGAGGAAGAUGACCUCGCCACUGCAUUCGAGAUUCUCGACCUCGCGCGCGUGUGUUACAUGAAGCAGCUUGCUCAGCUCGAGCAAACCGCCGAUGGCGACAAGGGCAAAGGGACCUCUGGCGAGCUGUCUCCCGCUGAACGUCAUGUCAAGGAACGCCUCGCUGACACGCACGACACCCUUGCCGAGAUCUCGUUGGAGAAUGAACGCUAUCCCAAUGCCAUUGAAGACGGUCGCGUAGCUCUCAACUACAGGCUCGAGCUAUACCCCACAGAGUCGGAGGUUAUUGCCGAAGCUCACUACAAGCUCUCUCUUGCGCUUGAAUUUGCCUCCAUCACCAGCUCUGGUGAUGAGGGUGCCAACUCCAAGCGCGAGGAAAUUGAUCAGGAUCUUCGCGAUGAGGCUGUCAAGGAGAUGGAUUUAGCGAUCAAGAGCUUCAGACUUAAGCUGCAAAGCAAGGAAGUAGAGAUAGCUACCUCCGCUUCUCCCUCCGAUAACGAAAUUCUUCGCAAGGAUGUUGUCGAGAUGAAGGAGCUAAUUGCCGACAUGGAGCAAAGACUUGUCGACCUUCGCAAAAACCCUAUCGACCCCCAGGAGCUUCUAGGCGCCACUGAGGCUAAUGUUCUCGGCGGCCUCUUUGGCGCCGUGCUCGGUGAGACCCCCGAGCAGACGCAGGCGCGUGUUGCCGAAGCCACCAAGGGCGCCGUCGACUUGACGAGCAUGGUGCGCAAGAAGGCCAAGCCCGAAGCUGAGUCGAAUACUGCUCCCGUCCUCGCUGAAUCCUCCGUCAAUGGCAAGCGCAAGGCCGUGGAUGACCUUGUCGAGGCUGGCGGCGAGUCCCCAAAGAAGGCGCGAGUCGAAGAGGAGGCGUAA